GUUUGCAUUGAUCUCCCCUCCAUUCUGAGGAAGAAAUUUGCAAGCAGAACCUCUGUCACAACUUCCGCCUGCGUUGCACAGUUGCUACUCGCGAAUUACGAGAUCAUCGGCAGUUCACAUUCCAGCUAGCGAACAUGAUUGCCGGCGAUUUUGUGAAGGACUUGGGGGCGUUGGUGAUGGGUGAGGAUGGCGACUUGUUCACGCUGGCCUGGAAUCACUUUAGUCGUUCUCAUUCCCAAAUUAAUUUUCAGUGACGCUUCUCCUUCCCCUCGCCAUGUACGGCAUGAGAGGAACGUCAACUCUCAAGACGAGGCUGGCAGCAGCCCUUUCUAUAAUUAUUCUCCUCGGCCUUUUCACGAUGGUCUCAAUGAGUCUUAUGUAUGCCAGCACACAUAAGAUUGACUAUUCAGCAGCAGUCCACCUGGCGGCAGAACGUGAUGAAGAAUCCAUUUGCGAAGAGCGCCUCGCGCCAAGCAAGGACGGUCCUAUUGUGUCCGGAAAAAAUCACACUGUAAUCAACAUCGCUGGUCCAAUGACCGGACUUGGCUGGUGGAGGGAAAUACUUCGGACGUUCUCAAUUGACGAGAAUCUGAAUUUCGGAGAGGGAAGUUCAGACUCAUUGGACUGCACCUUUGAUCUGUUCCAGGUAGAGAAGUAUGUUGACGAAGACUUGAUAAAGCUUCCAAGGCCUUACAAGGGAACACUCAUUGUACGCGAUCCGAGGUCCAUCAUCCUUGAGCAAUGGCUUCUGGGUCAGUUGGAAUGCAGAUCGCCGGGUCGGUUUCAUGAGGGAGUCGGUUCGGCGAAAUCGAAGGUCAUACAAACUCAGAGGCUCUGCAGAUUGACUAAGGAGGCUGGCAUAAACUAUGUGAUAGCUGCCCUGAGCGAGCAAGGUUGCAGCGGUCCCCUCCACUAUGCUUGUGUUGCAACGAGCAUUCCAGCACGAGUUGCCAUGACCGAAGGCUUGAAGCUAUUCAAGUAUGAGGAUCUUUGGAGCGAGAGAUCUCUUAGUCUGACUAAUCUGGGUCUUUGGUAUGGGCUUAAGGGCUCCCAGCUUGAACGUUUCAUCAGCACUGCUAGGCUCUGGACAAUCGAGUAUCGGUCAUUGAUGCAUGACUCGGGCAUGCACCAAGUUCGCAAGCAGGAUUCAUGGAAGGAGCAUUUUACCCCCUUGAAUGUGAAGCUGUUUGAGAGUCACUUCGGAAAGCUUGCCAGGAAACUUGAAUACGAGUGAUGCGAAGAUGCCGUGCACAGCUGCAGUGAAGGAACUGUAGAUUGCCAUGGACUAAGGGUUGUCAGCUAAAGUCGGACUGAGUGUCUCACCACGCCAAAAUGCAGUACCUACAUGACAUGAACAGACCAAGUGUUCUUUGUACCGCAUGAUUCCAUCUUCAUAAACCCAAAUUUCCAUC